CUGGCAAGGGGCGAGGGGGGCCGCUCCCCGCCGGAGCCGCCGCGUUGUUUUCGUUAGCGCGGCAGCGGGGACGGCCGAGCCGCAUCGGGGCGAGCCGCGCGGUCCCAGCAGGCGGCACCGUGGCUGGGGACGGCUCCUUCUCCCGCACCCCGCGGAGCUGCGCAUCCCGCAAAGCUUCUCAGCCCGCGGGCCCACGAGGGUCGGUGCUCGCGUGUCUCCGCAGCCACGGCCGCGCUGGCACACGCGUGGUGCCUGGCCUGCCCCGCUGCGGCCCCGCCGCCGCCUCCCCAUGGUCUCUCUCAGGCCGUGUCGGGCAGCGGGAGAGGAGGCGGGAGCCCCGCGGCCUGUUUUUAGGACAAUAAAGUGCUUUUCGUUCCUUUCCCUGCGUGAGGUCAGAGGAGCGCUCCCGGGCUGCUCGCGUUGCCGAGACCGGCUCGGCCGUGAGAGGAAAGGCGAGCGCCUGAAGGGACGAGAGGGGACUCGGGGUCUGCCGUGCAUUUGCACCGCUUCUGUGGGGGCACCUCCCCCAGGGAAGAACCCCCUGCCCCGGAGCGGCGGGUGGCGCGGCAGGUCGCGUUUCAGGGCGAGCCGGCGGAAAGCUCCGGCGAGGCUAAUUCUGUGUAAGAAAAUGAGAGCGAAAAGAGGUUGGUGGGAAGGGAAGAGAGAGGCCACAGUCGGCCUCACUUUCGGAGCCGGGCGGUCGGGGGUCCCGUAGGGCCGGGAACCCCGCGAAGCCGCCGCUCUUAGGAUGCGUCGAAGGUGGAGGGAUGGCCAAGAGGGAAAAGAUAGAGUUUGGAAACAGAUUUGUGUCCAUGUCAGCUCUCAGUGGCGGCCGGCGUGGUGGGGCUGGCGAGGCUCUGCCGGGCGAGGCAGCCGGGAGAGAGCCCCUUCGUCGGCCUCGUGUCUCUACACCCGCACGUCCCCCGUCCCGGCAGUCCCGAGCGGGGCUCCCCGGGCCGCUCCGCUCACGGGCAGCGGCGGUGUCCCCCACUUCCAAACCCGGCUGCCCCUUGCCCGAUAUCACGGCGCGCCGGCGGCCGUGGGGCAGAGGGGGAAGCUCGGUCAGGGGAGCAGAACAGAGCCCACCUGCGACCACGCCAGCGGAUCGGUUCCGUGUCUCGGCGGGUUCCGUGGGAGAUGGGCUGCGGGCCGUGGGAUUGCGCGGGUGCGUGGCUGCAGGCGCUAAUGGGCACGAGGAGAGGGACUGCCCGCCAGGCUUGGAGCCGAAAUUUGUUUUGGCCUUUGGAAAGGGCCGUUAUUUCCCGCUCCCGCUCCCCCACCCAAGCCGUUUUGCUUAAGAAUAAACCAAUAAACCUGGGAGCGGUCGAAGCCUCGUGAUUUUUUCCCGUUACCUCUCCCCACCCUCACCCGCGGCCGUGGGUCUGCAUCCACCACGUGAAUGGGAGGUACAGGGGGAGGAAGCCCGAGUAAAGGCCCCCCGGGCCGGGAAAAUCCUGCUCAGGCCCCCCGCGCCUCCGCUGGGCCGCUGUCCUGCGGUCCCCGCCACAGUCCAGGGGCUGUCCCUCGUCAAGGGGCGCGAGGCAGGAAAGGGCAGGGCAGGCUCGGAGGGAUGUGGGCGCGGGGGUCUUUCCGCCACCCCCAGGCGUCCGCAGACGGCUCCCUGUCCCGCCCCUGCGGCGUCCCGGUCCGGCGGGGAGCGCGGCCCCAGGGGCUUCAGCGUCACCCCCGGCCCGGGAAGGGGAAGUCGGUCUGCUGAAAAGUUGGUGACAGGCUGGGGCAGCGGAGGCAGAGCGGGCAGGUGCCGCCGUCGCAGCCGGGCGGUGGAGCGCUCGGGGGGCGGCCGGCUGCGAGCAAACUUUGAUUCCUGCUUACAGAACAUGUCAGAGUUUUCCUGGGUUUUGGCUGCGUCUGGGGACAUCUUGUGAUGUUUUAGAGAACAGGACAUGAUCUCACAUGGCGAGGAGCUCUUUAGUUUCUUAAUCAUUUCACGGUUCCUUCAGAGGCUUUUUUCCACCUAAAACGUUUAGUUUCAGCUCAGUGAUCAGCUGCAAAAGCUCGGCGGGGAGCGGAAGAGUUGAAUUAUUCCAACCUGAGAGAGCCCCUUACCAAAAAAAAAAAAAAAAGAAAGAAAAAAAAAAGAAAAAAAAGAAAAAGAAAAAAAGAGAAAAUAAAGAAGAAAAAAAAAAAAAGAAAGAAGGAGUAAAAAAGAAAAUAAAGAAGAGAAAAGAGAAGAAAAGACAAAAAACCAGAAAGGAGGAAAAGAAAAACGGAAAAAUACAAAAAAGAGGAAAAAAAAGAGGAAAGAACACAAAGCAGUAAAAAGAAAAGAAAAGAAAAAAAAAGAGGGAAACGGAAGAGGUUGCAAUACGAAGUGAAAACUUUUUCUUGUCUUCGUUUACCCAAAUCCUGAAGAGCCGUAAUGGAGUUGGAGAAAACCUACGCGACACCCCGAGCCGGCCGCACAGGACAUGGAGGCGUGAAUCAGCUGGGAGGUGUUUUUGUGAACGGUCGCCCUCUCCCAGAUGUCGUUCGCCAAAGGAUCGUGGAGCUCGCCCACCAAGGGGUCCGGCCGUGUGACAUCUCCCGGCAGCUCCGCGUCAGCCACGGCUGUGUCAGCAAAAUACUUGGCAGGUAUUAUGAAACCGGGAGUAUUAAGCCUGGAGUGAUUGGAGGAUCAAAACCAAAGGUCGCCACACCCAAAGUCGUUGAAAAAAUUGCAGAGUACAAACGCCAAAAUCCCACCAUGUUUGCCUGGGAGAUCAGGGACAGACUCCUUGCUGAGCGAGUGUGUGACAAUGACACUGUGCCCAGUGUCAGCUCCAUUAACAGGAUCAUACGGACCAAGGUGCAGCAGCCACCCAAUCAGCAGGUUCCGGCUUCCAGCCACAGCAUAGCCUCCACGGGAUCAGUCACCCAGGUGUCCUCUGUAACCACUGACUCUGCUGGCUCGUCCUACUCCAUUAGUGGGAUCCUGGGAAUUGCCUCCCCUGGCACGGAGAGCAACAAGCGCAAGCGGGAUGAAGGUAUUCAGGAAUCUCCAGUACCAAAUGGCCAUUCUCUUCCAAGCAGAGAUUUUCUUCGGAAACAGAUGCGAGGAGACCUUUUCACCCAGCAGCAGCUAGAAGUGUUGGAUCGUGUCUUUGAGAGACAACAUUAUUCUGACAUUUUCACAACAACUGAGCCCAUCAAACCAGAGCAGGCAACUGAAUAUUCAGCCAUGGCCUCACUAGCUGGUGGAUUGGAUGACAUGAAGGCCAAUAUAACCAGCCCUACUUCUGCAGAUUUGGGAGCAAGUGUUCCUGGGCCUCAGUCCUAUCCUAUUGUCACAGGUCGCGAGCUGGCAAGUACAACCCUCCCAGGAUACCCUCCACAUGUCCCUCCUGCCGGACAGGGCAGCUACUCCGCUCCAGCGCUGACAGGAAUGGUGCCUGGGAGCGAGUUUUCUGGGAGCCCAUACAGCCACCCACAAUAUUCAACAUACAACGACUCCUGGAGGUUUCCCAACCCUGGACUCCUGGGCUCCCCCUACUACUACAGCACCACAGCCCGUGGAGCAGCCGCACCAGCCACUGCUGCUGCUUAUGACCGCCACUGACACCGGAGCUCGGGGCACCGGCACUGACAGCACGCGUGUCUGGGACAGCCGUGACGAGUCAUCCUGCUGCCACCAUGCCAGCCACUCCAAAAGGGAAGGAGAAAGUACCUAGUAGGAACAUGAUAAUUGAAAUUUUGCUCUUUAAGCUUGUUAAACUGAUUAUUGUAUUCUUAAAUCUGGUUGGGUCCUGAAUCAAACAGAGAAACAGGAGGAGGUAUACUCCUGAAGCUCUGUGUGGUCAAAAAAGUGUGGUAGCUUUGUGUUCUUUGCAGCGGCUGGCUACUGCUUUAAUCGCCUGCGGGUGCCAUGGCUGUAUCUGGGGAUAAGGAAGAGAUGUGAGCAGCUCCCCUUGGGGCAGCUCCCUCUUGCUGCACACUGAAACAGGCUGUGAGACUCAAGGCAAUUUUCUUUUCUUCGUCUUCUUCUUUUUUUCUUUUUCUUUUUUUUUUUUUUUUUUUUUUUUUUUAAUUGUGUGUGUGGCAAAGAAAAAAUCAGUCUGCUCAUUUUACACAAGCACACCACUGUAAAUAUUUGCUUCUUUGUAUUACUGUAAAACUAGCUUAAGCAUAAACAGCAACGUUGUACAAGUAUGAACUCAAAGCACAUCCAAAAGUGUGUUUUGAAACUGGUGCACUGAUUCAAAGAACUCAGUAAGCUUUAAGCAACUUUGAACCAGGUCAACACUCAUUGUGGCUGUAUUUUGGGCUGAUGUUGUUUCUGUAUAGAGCAUCCUAUUUGACAGUGCGUGAUCAUGCUAUAUGCUGGUAUCAAACACAUGGGCAACUGAAAGACAUAGGCAAUUUUGUGAUACUUUACUGCUUAAUGUUCAUUUAUGUUCAUUUGUCAUCAUACUAAACACUGGAACGAAUUCACCGGUUUCAAGUUAAGCAGCAUCCAGGAAGGAAUUCCUAAAUAACAGUUGACACCUUAUGUAUAUCUCUAUAGAUUGUGUGCUAAAUCCCAGUCAUGAAAACCCUGAGAGGAAGGCAGAGUGGUUAUGAUUUUUGUUAUGUGCAUGUAUUGAGUGGGGUGUACCAGGCAUCAGGGUAUAUGCACUCACUUUCCAAGCCAAGGGAAAAGAACUUGGUUCGGGGUGUCUGUACAUUUCUGUGAAGGCAUUGCAGAUUCCAGCACUGUAAUCCAGACAUCCUGGGGAAUUUUGCCCUGCUAAUUCCAUGUUUCUUCCCUCCUAGUUAAAUAGGAAGCACUAAUAGUCACAUGUUUCAAUGUGCACCUUGUGGGGGGCUAAAUUAAGAGCACAGAGCAGCUACAAAUGACCACUAAGCAGCUACACCAAUCACUGCCUCUCCAUGGAGCAAGGACAACUGCUGAUCUCUCCCUGAAGCCUCCCACUACCCCAGGCCAAGGCACAGACAACCUCAGCCACUUAAGCAUGAUGGGCAUGACCCCAUCCCUUCCCUCCUGAGGGCAGUGGAGAAGCUCCCUGAUCCUGUUGAGAUGAAGACCUGGCUGUAGCCUCCUUAUUCCUGACCCAAUUAUCCUCAUCCACCCAGAGCUGCCUGGGCUCCACUGAGGGGUCCUGUUGGUGUAGAAGAAAGGUUGUUGUUGUCAAACUUGAGAUGCACACCUGUGGAGGAACAUUCAAGCAGGUAUUCACCAGGUUCCAGCUGUACAAACAUUUCUCUGGCAGCACCUGAGUUAACACUAUUCUCUCUCCUCCCUUCCCACCUCACCACUUGUGCUGCAUAUCUGGUAUCUGUAGUGGCCACUGAUCUGCUGAGAAAUUCCCUCUCCUACUACAGUGGCAUCUUCUCAUGGUAUGGAAAUGCAGCCAUCACUUCCAAGUUUCCAGGGCAGAUGUGUUCCAAACCUCAGCAGCCAUGGAGACAUCCAGGUCCCACCAGCUCAGUGACUUUUCACCAUGAUGUUCACAGACCCCAUCAGGGAUUUUAGCCAGAGUCUUUUAAACUAAUCCAGAAAUAAAUUUUGUGACAAACUUAUCAGUGAGAUGAGAGCCGCUUUUAAUAUUUCAGUAAUUAAUUACUGAUACACACCUGUUUUUAACAAAAGACAAAUAACAGUAUGGAAGUUUUAUACAAGGAAACUUCUGAAGCCCUGCUUUGGGUUCAUUCUAACCUGCAUACCCAUGAUUGCUUGCACUCCUUGGACAAUACUGGAAAGGGAUUUCUGUCCCUGGGACCACGUGCAAGAGCCGGGCCAAGGGGUGUGCAUUGUCUUCACUCUGAGCACAUGCACCUUCUCUGUGAGCCCAGGAAGGUUUGUGUCUGUCCAGUGCCUUUGCUGAAGAGACAAGAAACAAGGGUUUGACCACCGGUGCUGGUGAUGUAUGCUGGAGAAGAGGUGUACUGAGUUACACCAGGUGUUGGGACACCAUCAGGCUUGGCUGAAACAAGUCUG